UAAUAAGUGAUGCGAAUUUUUCUGUCGCACUGCCGCGUCGCCAUAUUGGUUUAGCCCAGCGGCUGACGUCAGCGUGCGCGUAGCGGUACGUAAUCGCGUGAACAACAAAGACGGAUAAACGAAGACGGCGGACGGCGUGCUGGAAGUGCGCAAGCUUCAGAGAGAGCGAGAGAGAGAAAGGGUAAAAGAGGCGUGCGCGAUCCGCGGCCGUGGCGGUGCACGGCGGUGCGGUGCAGUUGUCGACGAGUGCGAAAGACAGGACGUAGCGUGUGGGCUUGGUUCGGUUCGGCUCGGCUUGUCUCGCCUGGGUUCCGAUUCGCCCGCAUCCGUUAUGACGGCAUAGUGAUCCGAGGCAGCGCUAGGCGCUCCGCGUCUCUCCGGCUCGCAUAGUCUCUCUUCUCUCGGGGCAGAGGAGGGAGCGUGUACAUAGCGCGUCUCCAUCGUUGAACUUGGUGCACCCGCCGUGUGCGUGCGAGAAAAGAGAGAAGAAAAGAAGAGGAAAAAAACGAACAGAGAACCCCGAAGGAAGACGCAACGCGCGAUGGAGGCGCGACGCUGUCCGGUUUGACCGCUAGACGGCCUCCGGUGCAUCUCGCUCUCGGGUAGAGUCGGCAGUCUCCUUAGGUGUGUUCGCCGCGCGCCAUGUGCCGCUCCGUCACCGCUCCGCGUGUGUCUCCUCCCUGCGGAUCACCGUCGCGCGUAUUGUUAUCGUCGUCGUUGUCACUGCGGUUCGAUAAAAGUGCUCGGCGUAGCCACGCAUUGUAGUUUCGCGUGAUCAUACACCCGUAAGCUGUGUGCUUGAUUCGUCGGUGCUACUUUGACGUACCCCCUCCCCCCUCCUACCCCCGUGUUCCCGAUGUGUUGGUGCGAUCAGUGAACCAAGUUGCGCACUUUUCCCUUUCUCCACCCUUGUAUUUUCGUCCGGUUCGCGAGCCGUGAGAGAAGAUAGUGCAGGGCAAGAGAGGAAAGGAGGAGAGAGAGGAGGCAGCAGCUCGAGGGAAAAAGAGCAAGAACGCGAGGGGAGCUAGACUCGGCGAACUCGGUGUCGGUGAGCUCGAGCGAGCGAGCGAGUUAGCCAGCGAGCGAGAGAGUGAGACAACGCGAGGGAGCGCGAGUGGCGUAUCAAGAUGGCGCAUAAUUUGGCACCGAGCGUCAACUGCUCGCUCGACGACAUUGACCUGAACGCUCUGAAGGAGCCUGCUGGAAUCUUCGAGCUGAUAGAGGUGGUCGGCAAUGGAACAUAUGGCCAGGUUUACAAAGGUCGGCACACCAAGACCGGUCAGCUGGCGGCCAUCAAGGUCAUGGACGUCACGGAGGACGAGGAGGAAGAAAUUAAGUUGGAAAUAAAUGUACUGAAGCGGUACUCGAAUCAUAGAAAUAUAGCUACGUAUUACGGUGCCUUCGUGAAGAAGUCAUCACCCGGCAAAGACGAUCAAUUAUGGUUGGUCAUGGAAUACUGCGGAGCCGGUUCCGUCACGGACCUCGUCAAGUCGACCAAGGGCCAGAGCCUGAAAGAAGAAUGGAUAGCCUAUAUCUCGCGAGAGAUACUGAGGGGGCUUAGUUAUCUUCACAGCAAUAAAGUUAUCCACAGGGACAUUAAGGGGCAAAAUGUCCUGCUGACUGAUAACGCCGAAGUCAAGCUCGUCGAUUUCGGCGUUAGCGCACAAUUGGACAGAACGAUAGGUAGAAGAAAUACGUUCAUCGGCACACCUUACUGGAUGGCACCAGAAGUUAUUGCUUGCGACGAGAAUCCAGACGCCACUUACGACAAUAGAAGCGACCUUUGGUCGCUUGGAAUUACCGCUUUAGAAAUGGCUGAAUCACAACCUCCGCUCUGCGAUCUGCAUCCUAUGAGAGCUUUGUUCCUGAUCCCUCGUAAUCCACCACCGCGGCUCAAGUCGAAGAAGUGGGCGAAAAAGUUUCAUGGUUUUAUUGAGACGGUGUUGGUAAAGGAUUACCAUCAAAGGCCCUACACAGAACAGCUCCUGAAACAUCCGUUCAUACGGGACCAACCUACGGAAAGACAAGUUCGAAUACAGCUUAAAGACCACAUCGAUCGCUGUAAAAAACGUAAACAGGAGAAAGAACGAGACGACUACCGCUACAGCGGUAGCGAGAAUGAAGAGGACGAACCAGCGUUGGCGGGUGAGCCAUCGUCCAUAGUGCAGGCGCCUGGAGGCGAUACAUUGCGUCGUAAUUUCCAACAAAUUCAGGAAGGCAGGACUUUGACGCAGGACGUACCGCCUCAAGCACCUGCGAAAGAGAAACCAGGAAGCAGAUCUCAGAGGGAGGUGCCGGAACCCGGACCACCCGCGAGACCCGCUAUACCGCACAGACUUAUAGUGGUACCAGAUCCACAGCCACCGUCUCGCCCGUUGCCGCCGACCCCCAGGGACGAUCCCCGACAGCCGCAUAAAGUUUCCACGCCGCCUUCUAAUCAUCAAGCGCCCGCUGGUGGAGGCAGCGGAGGAUCCGGAGGACAGCCCGCGCCUCAAAGGAACAGCGUUUUCAAGCCUAUGCUGCCGCCGAAGAAGCCAGAGGACAUGGAGAUACUGGCUGCUCAACUCAUCGAGCUUGGUGUGUCACAGGGCCCCGAGGCCCCGCCAAGGCCAAACAGGCAGCAUAAGGGCCCUGCAGCCUCGUCUACAUCGAAUUCGGUGCAGCCAGCAGGUGGUAACGAUCAGAACAACAAACAGAUGCCUCAAUCUUCCAGUAUUCUCGAUCAAGCUCUAUCAAUCGAGAGCGACAGCGAUGAUGAUCUCGAAGAUGCUGGAGGGAACAACUUGAGAAACGAUGGUACUCUGCUUGCCAGCGAUCCGCCCAAGCCGCUUCCCGAAUUUUCUCCUUUCAGACCGUCAUCGGAUUCAUCAUCGUCGUCCUCGCACAACGCUCAAAACUCCCACCACGAAGACAAGCCGAAAGGAGGAGCACCGAAUCGCCCGCUCCCGCCAACCCCCGAUGAGGAAGAGUCGGGUGAUCGUACGCUAGUCAUGAAACGAAAACUUAGUCAGAUGUCAGACGAUCGUGCAACGGCUAACGCCAACCGGCGUUCAGAGAUAGACGAGCAGCUCCUUCUGAAGGAGUGGGAUUUCACCCGCUUCUUUCAGGGUUUUAACGAAAAGUUGGAUAAAAUGAAACAGGAGCAUCAGCAAGAGGCGGUCGGUCAGCCGAGCAAGUCUGGAUCUAACGACGAACGCUCGUCCUCGUCUAGCGAGAGAACGCUCAAGAGACAGGAACAGUUAGCCCGAAGGAAACAUGAGCAACAGCAACACCAUCAUCAUCAAAAGCAACAGCAACAGUUGAAGCCAGUGCACAGGCGGCAAGAGAGCGAUUCGAAGCUGGGCAACGCGUCAAGCGCGUUCGCGCGCGCCUUCCGCCGUGAGAAUUCCGACUUUUUCCCAUCCGCGAGGCACUCGGCGUACCUGCAGAAGUCGUCGGACUCGUCGAGGUCUAGCAUAUUUGCUAGCGGCAAUCGACGCGGCAGUGAGAUAAGCGUCGCCGGAAUUGUUGGUAAGAAGGGCGGCGGCCUCAGUUCCGGAGAGCCUGUACUGACGGACUUCUCGUUGAGCCGUGAGGGCCCGCAGAGGCCCAGGCGAGAAAAGACCGAGAGCGAGAUCGUCUUCGGUAGUAGGCACGAGGCGAGGAGGUACGAUUUCGGACGCGAUAAAGACGAGAUUGCAAGAAGACGCAGUUGUAGACCCUCGGAUGCUACGGCCGCUGCCGUAAUCGACGAUGCGGGAACGAUUAAGUCCACGGCCAGUACGACGGCCAGCGAGUACAGCCCCAUUGUCACCCAGAAUCGCGAAGGUGGCGAUCGUUCAAGAAGCGGAGGCGGAGGUGAUUUCCAGAGAUCCGACUCGUCCCCAGGUUCGCGGCCCAGCUCGGUGCUACCGGAUCUCCUAACUUCUUCACCGGGUCAACGACAAGACAAGUCUACUAGUGAGGAGUAUCGACAAGCAGUAAAAUCGCCUCCUCCAUUUGCGCUUCAACAGAAGCAGCGAUCCUUCCUGACUUUUGGAUUUGGUGCCGGUCCCGCGAGGAGAGAGUCACACGUUAACGUCAACGUUACUCCUACCAGCCACGAUUUGGCGUCGGACACGCCUGAGAUACGUAAAUACAAGAAGCGUUUCAACAGUGAGAUCCUCUGUGCCGCGUUAUGGGGAGUGAAUCUGUUAAUCGGAACCGAGAACGGCCUGAUGCUGUUAGACAGAAGUGGUCAGGGCAAGGUUUACCAGUUAAUCAACAGAAGACGUUUCCAACAGAUGGAAGUCCUCGAGGGACAGAAUAUCUUGGUUACGAUCAGCGGUAAGAAGAACAGAGUACGCGUCUACUAUCUCUCCUGGUUGAAGAGCAAGAUUCUGCGAACGGAUGGUCACAGCGACCAAGUGGAGCGACGUAACGGUUGGAUUAACGUGGGCGAUCUGCAAGGUGCAGUGCAUUUCAAAAUAGUGAAGUACGAGAGGAUAAAGUUCCUCGUGAUCGCGCUCAAGGAUUCCAUAGAGAUUUAUGCCUGGGCGCCAAAGCCGUAUCACAAGUUUAUGGCUUUCAAAUCUUUCGGCGAACUGGCGCACAGACCGCUACUGGUGGAUCUCACGAUCGAGGAAGGCUCAAGGCUAAAGGUCAUCUACGGUAGCGCGGACGGCUUUCACGCGGUUGACUUGGACUCCGCCACGGUUUAUGAUAUAUAUUUACCGAAACACACUCAGGGCCCCAUUUGCCCGCACUGUAUAGUAGCGUUGCCCAACAGUAACGGCAUGCAGUUGCUAUUGUGCUACGACAAUGAGGGCGUAUACGUAAAUACUUAUGGCCGGGUAUCGAAGACAAUGGUUCUUCAAUGGGGCGAGAUGCCUACGAGCGUCGCGUACAUCGGUACAGGACAGAUUAUGGGCUGGGGUAACAAGGCGAUAGAAAUCAGAAGUGUGGAGAGUGGUCAUCUCGACGGUGUCUUCAUGCACAAGAAGGCUCAACGGCUCAAGUUCCUCUGUGAACGUAACGAUAAGGUAUUCUUCUCGUCGGCGAAAGGUGGUAGUUCGUGCCAGAUUUACUUCAUGACUCUGAACAAACCGGGCAUGGCCAACUGGUGAUCCCGAAUGAGGCCGAAUCUGGCCCCACGUUUACCCACGCGAUUACUCCCGCCGCACAAUGCUCCUCCACGUGUCCCGGGAUAUACAGCGUCCGCGCGCACACUCGCCCGCCCUUCACUACCAGGACCUAGCGCCUUGGAGACCAGGAAGUGCGUGCACCGCCAGCAUUCUUAUCAACAUCAGCAACUGCAGCCGCAGCAGCAGCAGCAGCAUCACCAUCAUCAGCAACGUCAGCGUCACUAUCGUCACUAUCCUCAUCAUUAUCCGCGUAAUCUCGCGUAUAACUAUGUUUACGAGGAGGACGAGGAGUACGACGACAGAUUCCAACGAUACUCGCAGCUGCCACUGCGAGGCGCACCGGGGACUCUAACGUUCGUGAAUCUCCUCAUCAAGAGAUUCCUUUGUUUUCUCACUUGCUCGCCCUGCGGACUGCGCAGCGCGGCCUAACGUGCGGAAACGCGCAAGUGAAUCUCAUCAAGAGUGCGCACGACGAAUUAUUGCACGCUGGUAAAUCGUAUUAAAAGUAUUCUAUGUAUUUUCCCUUUACACAUUUUCCCCCCUCUCUUUUUUUUAAUACAAAUUUAUCGCUUUAAUUACUAUGAUAAGUCUGUAUUCGUUACGCGUUGGCAUGUACACGUAAAAAAAACACACCUUUUUAAUUCCCGGAAGAACCUUAAUGUUAAAAUAGAACAAAGUGUAUUUUGCUGUGUCUGAUAAAUAGUUAAUACUUAAGAGUGUUUUAUACGGAGAAAUGAUUUAGAAUAACAUGAAAUAAAGCAUAAACUUCAUUUGUGCUGAUCUUUCUAAAAUCAGUGACGAGAGAGAGAGGUAGCCGUAAGAACAACGCUAACGAAUUACCAGUGACGCACAGCCGAUCGAUUGUACCGUGCAACUAUUUUCAGUAUAAGGAUACUCGUGCAAUAUCGGUGAAUUGGUAAUUUGUACAAAAAAAAGGAAAAAAGAAAGAAAAAAAAGGAGAGCGAGACGUCAUUCUAAGAGACUUUCCUUCGUUCAGAUCGAUACAAGGAAACGCUCCGACGGAUAAUGAAUAAUUGUGUGAGUGUCGUAUCGGAGAUUCUCGAGAAAUAAAAAGAGUGAACAGCUUGUAUGAUGUUCGUAAUCGACUCUUCUUCAUCGAGAUUCGUUAAUUUCUCAGCGAGAGGUUCCGGCGCGGUCUUGAUCCGCUACAAGGCGAGUAGCGAAACUUACUGUUUUUCCAGUAAGAGCGUACGCACAUACACGUACACACGCACGCACGCAGGCAGGCACGCAUGCAUUACGACGGGCUGGCGACAUGGGGACCGUGACCGAGAUGACGUCGACAUAUACGACGCGAUAUCAUGAUAAAAUUUAGCAUUAAGCGAGAGUAAUUACUAACGUUAAUUGAUUUGUAUAGUAUAGCAACUGGGAAAGAGGAGGAAAGGGUUCUUUUGUGCUCGUGCGGGCAACGCGCGCGGUGACGAUGUGACGUCGACAGCGCGACGCGAUAGGUAGGAAUCGGGCGAAUAAGAGUCGCAUUUUUACAAAUAAUAGAUUAAUUGUACCGUAGGGAUUUCGCGUGACGACGAGACGUGAAUAGCCAAGUUUCUUUCCUCCACGGUUCAUCUUCAGGUCCGACGUGUAAAACUCUUUUUACGUUUGAUACGCGCCCGGUCCCGCGCAUUCGUACGAUUCUCUCGUCGCGACGAACAACGUCGCGACGAACAAUGCGGGUAAACGUAGUCUUCGGCUUUUGUAAGAAAUUUCUAACUUUAGCGAGACAUGCACUAAGAGAGCAUCCUGCCCUCCCGUCUUCCUGCUCGUUCCUCGAUCGCGCACCGCCGCUCCCGCUUCUCGGGCCGGUUAUUAACGGUCUGAUCACGUAAUCUGAAAGAUUAUUCCGCGCUUCAAAGGGGAGAAUCCUUCGGUAAUCACACCGCGAGUUUAUUGAUGUUAGAUUAUCCGGCAGUCGCUUUUAAGCAGGCUUAACGGUGUUAAUAACCGGAAUGAAUUUCGAGGUUGGUCUUCACCGUUCACGGUGCCGGCCAGGCAUCGGAAUUAUCGAACGUAUACGUAAUGUUGCAGGGAUCUCGUUGAUAUGGCGAGUCAGACGCGAUUAUGAUAGAAAUUUCCAGCGGAAAUAUUCGGUUCAUGCGGCGCGCAAAUAUGACUCGCGAAGAAACAAGCAUGACGAUCAAGUUAAACGCGAUUAAACGCGAUUACUUGUACAAUUGCGAGGAUCGAUGGUUUUUCGUACGAGAAACAAAAUUGACGUUUUAGUGAGAAUAGCGAGAUUUACGAUAAGCGACUAUAUCCCGGCGCGUCUUUCUUUCUCGCCCGGCGCAAGCAGCUCGCGACGCGUCUUCGCUCAUGAUGCGCUUCGGAGCGAGUGAGACCAAAGAGAUCGAUCUUUGAUCAAGAUUGCGAAUGCGACGGUGAUCCCAUCGCGAUCGAGCCAAGUCGAGCCACGAGCGAGCGAUUGUACGCUCAUCUAUUUAUUCGUAAAUAAAUUAAAUAAGUAUCUGACGUGUCACGCGAUGCACGUGGAGGUGCAUUUCUCUUCAAUCGGGAGUAACUUGAUGCGUAAUGGGGUCGCGAAAGAGCGUCACGUAAGUUGCGGAGGUAGCUGAAUCAGGGGGCAUCACGUAGAUUACGCUCGCGGCAAAAACAUUUUUUAUAUCAUUAACGAGAGGGCGGACGUAGGAAGGGACGGUGCUCCGCGUAGUGCAACGAAAGACUGCUUUUUAAACGGAGGAAGCAUUUAAUCGCGCGACGACAGAACGAGUGGGACAUACCGAACGAGAGAGAGGCGAAAGGGAGAGUGCAAGUGGAGAGAACGAAUGAGUGAGCGAGAAAGAAGAAUGAAUGAGUCUUUGAUCUUUGGCCGUACUUUGGGCGGCUAAGUGCGAUUGGCAGGAAUUUGGAUAAUAUUAUGAUAGUAAUAUUACAUUACAUUAAUUACCAUACACACGUACACACACAUACACACGCUAGACCUGCGGAACUAAUUUUAUACGGAAACUUCUCAUUUUCCAUUCAUCCUUUCCUUUAUCCGGCGUCUCCUCUGAGCCGUUUCAAUAAUCCUAAUUUUCUCAUGGCGUUCCUCAGUUCCUCCUUGUCCUUUCUUUCAAUGUGUUGUCUCCCAAAGAUGAUGGUAGCGAUGAUUUUUUACGACGUAGGGAUCAUUGUCGCCGCUGCAACUUAUCUCCGAUUGUAUAUUAUUAUUAUUAUUAUUACUAUUACUACUGCGAUUAUUCAUUAUUCCUACUCUUACUCCACGAACGUCACGAUUGUUACACGCGAUGUACUAUGAUUACGACGAUUAUUAUUUUUCUUAUUGCUAUCCAAUACUAUCGCUAAGGUCAAAUAUACGGACAUUCGUAAUUUC